AUGUCGUCUUGUGAUAGUGUAGCCAAUAGCGACCGCAGUCUAACAACAAAGUUUGCUGUUGAGAGCAAUGGUUCUGUUUUGGCCAUAAUACACUGUCCAACAAACAAACCUGCAAUGGCUUCAGUCAACUUGAAACCUUCGAACCCACAACGACGUCGGUUGCCCACCAUGUCUUCCUUAAGCGACAUGCACAGUCCCUCCAUCAACAUUGCUCACCAUGUCUUCCCUAAGCAACAUGAACAGUCCCUCCAUCAGC